AAAAAGGAAUUGCCAUAAUUGAUGUCUUUCAUUGUCACUGGCAGAAAAAGGUCAGGAAAACUGUAUCCCGGUUCUAGGAGGGGGAUUCUAAGAUGGAUGUGAUUAAUAAAAGUGAUUUAUUAUACCCUCUGGGGAAAAGAGGUUGUUGCAAGCCAAGGAUUUUAUUUGGUUAGACAGGAAAGACAGGGACAUUCAACACCUACCAUUGACACAUCUGACUUUCAGAGAAGGAUAAGGGGGCUUAGUAGUUACAGCAUUUUCCUCUACCAGAAAAAUGAAAGGGGUGACUUCAGAAAGCUUGUGCAUGAAAAGAACUCUUGAAAGAGCGGAGUAAUCCAAGGAGAAACUAAAGAGGGAGAAUGAAUGACAGAGAAAUGAAAGAGGGAGGAGAACGUGGUGGACUAGGAUGAAAAAGAGAAAGAGCGACCGAGAGAGAGAGAGGGAGCGCGCGCAAGAGAGAGAGAGAGAGAGAGCGAGCGAGAACUCCCUCACUGCGCUACAUGCUCGAAGCUCUCAGCUGAUCGACACGAAAGCAGUUCUCGGAGCAGCUGCAGAAACUUCUGAGUGAGGUGCAGUGAUGUCUGGACUCCUCCUGCAUGUGCUGUUGCUCGUCCCCCUGGUGGCGACGGUGCCGCCCCCCUCGCGCCCCCCCGUGCGGUACUGCCGGCGGUGCUGUGACCACCUGGACCCCCCCGAGAACCCGUCCUCGCCGCGCUCCGCCGGCCUCCAACAAACGCCCGAGGUCCGCACCUUCAUCAACAUGACCAUCCUCAAAGGAGAUAAAGGGGACCGUGGAGAGAGAGGCACAUUUGGAAAGGCAGGAAGUGAGGGCCUCCCAGGCUCCAGAGGCCCCAUGGGGUUCAAGGGGACCAAGGGCCAGGCAGGAACCCCCGGCGACCCCUGCAAGAGCCAGCAAUCCUUCUUCUCGGUGGGCCGACGCAAGGCGCUGCACAGCAUCGACUACUACCAGGCGCUGGUCUUCGACACGGUCUUCGUCAACCCGGAGGAGCACUUCAACAUGUUCAAGGGCAAGUUCUACUGCUACCUGCCCGGCGUCUACUUCUUCAACAUCAACAUCCACACGUGGAACUUCAAGGAGACGUACCUCCACCUCAUGCACAACGACAAGGAGCAGGUGAUCUUGUACGCGCAGCCCAGCGAACGCUCCAUCAUGCAGAGCCAGAGCGUCAUGCUCACGCUGGAGCUCAACGACGAGGUGUGGGUGCGGCUGUACAAGCGCGAGCGCGAGAACGCCAUCUACAGCGAUAACGUGGACGUCUACAUCACGUUCAAUGGAUACCUGGUGGUGCCCAGUACUUAAAGGAGGAGACACCAUGACAUGACACUUUUUUUUUGUUGUUUUGUUGAUCUGUCUGUUUGAUUUUGUUUCUAUGUUUUUUUUUUGUUUGGUUUUGUUUUUCGCUUGCCUAAAAAAAAAAAUCCUCUCAGGGAAGUCAGAUGUGGCACCCAAGGGUCAUGUACGGACUACAGGAGAUGUUGAGGAGAGGUUGUCAAAGAAAGCGAGAGAUUGUGACGACAAAGCACUACUGCCGUUGCACAUUUGAGCACACUACAUGCAGCUAAAUCGAUCCCCACGUCUUAAAGGGCUGUACAGAAAUAAAGACAUUCAAUAUGGUGCCUAGAUGAGAAAACUAAAAAUGGAGUAUGCUAAGUAUUGAACCAUUAUCAAACCAUUAAACUGAGUUAGUGUUAAUGACUCAAAGUCUAGUUUUCAGCAUUGAUAGCUUUUCUGUUCCUCGAAUGGACUUAAGGAAGAGAGAGUAUCCGAGAGGGAAAAAACCAUGCAAUGCCACCAUGCAACGGUUCCUUUAUACCUUAAUUGGCCCUGUCUCCUCAGGCCAGAGAGCUCCUGGGGUGCAGCAGAGCGAGCAGGUGGAGUUCGUCAUGUAGGGGUGGACAGUCGGGGGCCCCUCCUGAAGGAUCAUUAUUUUGUUCCCUGGAGCCCUGAGUCUUUGUGUCUGCCAGUCGAGAGAGGAAGCAGGGG